AUUUAAUAUGUUUAUCCUUGUUUUCAAAUUUACUCUUUUCUAAAUUUUGUUGUGGAAGAACCAACUUUUUAUGUAGAUCAAACCUGUCCCCCCCCUUAGAUCAAACGAUAAGUCUUGUGAUUUCUUGUGGUCAAAUAGAAUUGUGUUUAUACUAGUGAAUAUAAGUUUGAGAAGUGUUUUCCUAACUAAAUGAACAUUAUGCUUGAUCCAUCUCUUUAUGUCCUCAGAUGAAAUGAAGAUUAAUAUUAGAAUCACUACAGGUGCAAAAAAGGAGAUGCAAGGAGAAAACCUCACCAUUUGGAGCUUUUUUUUCCUGGAGGGUUUUUCUAGAUACCCAAAGUUAGAGAUUGUUCUCUUCGCCUUCAGUCUUGUGAUGUAUCUGAUAACCCUCUUGGGCAACAGCACUCUUAUUUUAGUCACUGUCCUAGAGUCACGCCUUCAAACCCCCAUGUACUUAUUCCUCGGAAAUCUCUCUUUCAUGGAUAUUUGUUACACGUCUGCUUCUAUUCCCACGUUGCUGGUGAACUUGCUGUCAUCCCAGAAAACCAUUGUCUUUUCUGGGUGUGCUGUACAGAUGUAUCUGUCCCUUGCCAUGGGCUCCACAGAGUGUGUGCUUCUGGCUGUGAUGACGUAUGACCGCCACGUGGCCAUUUGCAACUCACUGAGAUACCCCGUCAUCAUGAACAGGCAGGUCUGUGUGCAGAUGGCCGCUGUCUCCUGGGUGAUGGGUUGUCUGACUGCCCUGCUGGAAACCACUUGCGCCCUGCAGAUACCCCUCUGUGGGAAUCUCAUAGACCACUUCACGUGUGAAAUUCUGGCCGUGCUGAAGUUAGCUUGUGCACAUUCCUUGCUCAUGGACGUGAUCAUGCUGGUGGUCAGCGUGCUCCUCCUGCCCAUCCCAAUGCUCUUAAUUUGUAUCUCUUAUGUCUUCAUCCUUUCCACUAUUCUGAGAAUCAGCUCAGCAGAAGGAAGAAACAAAGCUUUUUCUACCUGUGGUGCCCACUUGACGGUGGUGAUCUUGUACUAUGGGGCUGCCCUCUCCAUGUACCUAAAGCCUUCUUCCUCAAGCUCCCAAGAAGUAGAUAAAAUCAUUUCACUGCUUUAUGGAGUGCUCACCCCUAUGUUGAACCCCAUAAUUUACAGUUUAAGAAACAAAGAAGUCAAAGAUGCCAUGAAAAAACUAUUGUAUCGAACACAUGAAAAUCUCUGACUGGAUGCCCGCAGUUUUAUCAGGGGGGUGUGCUCCUGGCAGAAUUCCCCAUAGAAAUUCUAGACCGUACACUCACCCACAGAACACUGAUUUGACCUUGAGCCCUAUAAUUUUACAGCUGUGAGGGUUGUGUACACAGAAGUGACUGCCCGUGGACAAUAGCAGGUUCGCGUUUGCAUUUGGCAACAUUUGCUGUCUCUUGUGUUUCACGGUUGGAGAAGUUUUAGGCUGCAGAGUCCUGACACAUUGGCUCCUGAAAGAAAUUUGGAUAAAUUUACUCAGUGAAUGUUGGUGCCAGAAAAAUUUUGGAUAUGUUCUCUGCCUUAAAUCCUUUCUAGAAGGAGGUGGGACCAUAGGGAAACAAACGAAUAAUAGAGAUUGGCCUUGAUUAUGCAAACGAGAAAAUUAAAGAAAAAUUAAAAGGCUCGCUCACCAUCACACAGUUGCAGAACUGGAACUACAACCCCAUUAUCCCUUCAUCUUUGUAAACAUGUUGGACCACAGCGUGGUGGCUCCCUAACUACCGUUCCUCGUUCAGAACUCCUGAUCAGAGCUUCUGACUUUCUGAGUAAGGCAUCCAGUACUCAUCUGCCAACCUUGAUUUGCUCACCUGCCAACCUUGCCUUUCUAACCACAUUGAUAUUUGUGUAAAUUUUAUCUGUUUCUUUGCCAGUAUACCACCCAUAUGCUAAGUCUUUUUGUGUGUUUGUCUUCUUUCUUCUUUUUGGGUGAUUGACUUCGGAAGGGCAGGGAAAUCUAUUCUAUUGUACCUUUCAUGUUUACAGCAGUCAUUCGGUGAACUAAUAAAUUUACCAGCUUUAAAGUAAUCUGUUUGAGAAGUAAGUCCCCCUUGAGAAAAUUAGGAAGAAACAAUAUAGGGCAAUGAGGUAUAUUGCUUUAUAAAUAGCCAAAGAUGACAGAGAUAACAUUUAUAUCCAUGUUUGAGCUUUUAUUUGUCUAAAAAUAUUGCUUGUUGAAAAUGUGGACUCUAGGCCUCUACUCCCAGAAUCUGAUUCAGUAGCUCUGACGUGGGGUCCUGGUAUUCUGCAUUUAUGAUAGAUCCCUGAGAAAUUUUGAUACAGAUUUUGAGAUGACCAGACUUUGGGAGACAUUAUUUCCAGCAAAAACUGAUCAUUCCAAAAUAAAUGUGGGAUUAGUUCUCAUUUCUUCCCUUUUUCCUUUUAUUAAAGAAUUAAAAAAAAUUUUUUAUUGUGUUUAUUAUUUUUUUUGAGAGAGAGAGAUAGAGUGCGAGUGGGAGAGGGGCAGAGAGAGAGGGAAACACAGAAUCUGAAGCAGGCUCCAGGCUGUGAGCUGUCAGCACAGAGUCCAAUGUGGGACUUGAACUCACAAGCUGUGAAAUCAUGACCUGAGCUGAAGUCGACGCUCAAUCAACUGAGCCACCCAGGUUCCCCUAAAAAAAUUUUUUUUAAUGUUUAUUUUUGAUAUACAGAGAGAAGCAAACCAUGAGCCAGGAGGGGAGGGGCAGAGAGAAAGGGAGACACAGAAUCUGAAGCAGGCUCUAGGCUGUCAGCAUAGAGACCGAUGCGGGACUAAAACCAUGGACUGCAGAUCAUGACCUGACCUGAAGUGGGAUGCUUAACUGACUGAGCCACCCAGGGGCCCCUACCUUUUUACCUUUUAAUUUUGUUUUCCCUUUCAUUGUUUGUGCCUCCAUUGUACCUCCUCAUUUGCCUACCUCCACUUCUAGAGUAGGGAAGGGGGGAGGUUUUGAGUGGAGGAAGGUUAGCCCACUUGGUAAAUUUUACCAUAUGAAAGACCCAAGAAGUUCUAGUAUUGGAUGUUGAGUUUGGUUUAUUUAACUCAUACACCUUUAGAUCUAGGGCUUUCAUGACAUGUUUCUGGAUGUGUAACCCGCAUAUAAAGACACUUGAAAUAAUCACCCAGCAAAAUUCUAGUGAUGCAGCAAGGGGACCAGUUUGAUGCCAAAAUUGCUAAGAGAUGUUUGAUAAUGGAGGAUGAAGACAAGCCCUGAGUAAAUGGCUUUGGGGUAGUAGAGGAGAGCUGACCAGGAAGCUUUCAUCCCUGAUGUGAUUAUUCUUCUCUUUGGAUACCUCAACCUUCACAACCAGAUACCACAUUCAUUUCCUGGUAAUUUCAGAGUCAUUUUGAAGUGCCCUUCUGUGGGAGACUUUUAUUAGAGUGGAGCUGGAUUUCAUGUUAGAGUAGAAGUAAUGGCCUCCCAGAAGUAGCUGUCGUCUGUGUAGUACCAAGUAUAAACAGGAAUAACCAAAGUUCUAGAAACAGCUGAAAUCUUUUCUUCAAAGAGUGAAUUAUGAGAACUUAAAGACACAGCAACUGAGUAACCUCUGUAAUUAGUGAUCAACUUUGAUGCAAGGAACUGAGCAAAUUGACACGGAGACCAGAGUUUCAGAAUGGAAUAUGGAUCAGAAUGGGAUGCUGAAACAGAUUAGAGAUGAUCCAGAUGUCAGAAAAGGACCCACAAAGGGACACAGGCAAAUAUCUCUGUAACAGCUCUUGGCUCAGAUAUGAGAGAUUAGGAGUUAUGGUAGUCACAGCCAUAUGUUAUGCAAAGUUGCUGUGAAAAACAAGUGCAUA